AAAAAGCUGCUCGCCGCGGAGAAGAGAAGAAGAAGACGACUUGUUGCUCGCGAAGAGGACGACAAGAUUCCACACGUGGGAAAUAUUUUGUUGCUUUCGUGCGCGCGCUUUGUCCACUUUGCCUUUUUCGUUCCUUUUUUCUUUUUCUCUUUUUUUUUUGUUUUUUGAAAAAUACAUUAAAAAAAAAUCUUUUGUCGUGUUUUGUUCCCGCACGAAAACUCGACGAGCGGCUCAGCAUCUUCAGCUCACUUUGGCAGUUUGAAUGACAGGACUCGUCUUCAGCGGACGAUGCAGUAGACCAUCAUCAUCAUCCUCAUCCCGUCCAUUUCUGGUGUCCGAUGGUGGACCGCCUGCAGUUGGCGUCGUCUCCCGGGCUGGACGGCGAGCCUCUGGCGCUGCUGCAGUUUCAGGAAGUGGACUCCAGCAAAGCCUCGGAGCUACAGAGCUCGCCGCCGCCCCCGCCCACCACCUACAGCCCGCCGGCGGGCGUCGAUGGCGGGCACACGCUGUGCGUCAACUCGCCCUACACCGACGGUAACCACGACUACGGCCCCGCCAACCUGGCCUUCUACGGGCCGUCCGUGCUGAGUUACGGUCUAGCGUCGGCUGGCGACGCGCCGUCGGCCUUCUGGUCCGAGCCUCCGCUCGCCCUGCACCGACCCCAGUGUCUUGCUUACGACCACGCCGGCCCCCACUGGAUGGACCCCAAGGGCCUCGCCGCCAGCAGCACCGUCCCGGCUUGUCCAAAAAUGAUGGCCAAGAGAUCCGAGGGCGGCGUGUGCGGCGGCGGCGCCAAGUCGGACACGCACUUCUGUGCCGUCUGCCACGACUACGCGUCGGGAUAUCACUACGGCGUUUGGUCCUGCGAGGGCUGCAAGGCUUUCUUCAAGAGGAGCAUUCAAGGUGAAAAGUGUUCGUGGACUCUACGGAACGCACGCGCCCAAACAGGACACAAUGAUUACAUCUGUCCUGCCACCAACCAGUGCACCAUCGACAAGAACCGCCGCAAAAGCUGCCAGGCCUGCCGCCUCCGCAAAUGCUACGAAGUCGGCAUGAUGAAGUGCGGCGUGAGGCGCGAGCGCUGCAGCUACCGCAGCGUCCGCCACCACCGCCGGGGGGCGUCGCAGCCCCGGGGUCCGGCCCGGGCGGGGCGUCACCUGCACCCGGAGGCCCCGCUGGCCCCGGCCCCCCAGAUGAGCCCCGAGGAGUUCAUCACGCGGAUCAUGGAGGCGGAGCCGCCUGACAUCUAUCUGAUGGAGGAGCUGAAGAAGCCGUUUACCGAGGCUAGCAUGAUGACGUCGCUCACCAACCUGGCCGACAAGGAGCUGGUCCUCAUGAUCAGCUGGGCCAAGAAGAUACCAGGUUUUGUGGAGCUGAGUCUGUGCGACCAGAUCCAGUUGCUGAAGUGCUGCUGGUUGGAGAUCCUCAUGUUGGGCCUCAUGUGGCGAUCGGUCGACUAUCCCGGGAAGCUCAUCUUCUCGCCCGACUUCAAACUCAACAGGGAGGAGGGCGAGUGUGUGGAGGGAAUCACGGAGAUCUUCGACAUGUUGCUGGCGGCGACGUCCCGAUUCCGAGAACUCAAACUUCAACGUGAAGAAUACGUCUGCUUGAAGGCCAUGAUCCUCCUCAACUCAAACGUUUGCACGAGUUCUCCUCAGACGGCGGAAGAAUUCGCCAGCAGGAAGAAACUUUUGCGUCUUUUGGACAUCGUGAUCGACGCUCUGGUUUGGUCCAUUUCUAAGACGGGUCUUAGUAGCCAGCAGCAGACGCUGCGCCUCGGACACCUCACCAUGCUCCUCUCUCACAUACGACACGUCAGCAACAAGGGCAUGGACCACCUGUCCAGCAUGAAGCGGAAGAACGUGGUCUUGGUCUACGACCUCCUCCUGGAGAUGUUGGAAGCCAAUACGUCAGGCGGCCCGCAGACGGCCGACGUCACGGCGUCCGACGCGUACGCCCGCCGCUUGGUCUGUCGCCCGGCCGACGCGCCCCCCGCCGGACCUGCCCGGGACCCGAAGAUGACGUCCGGCGUGGCGCUCGCUCACGUGACUGACGGCUUGGUCCCCGCGGAGGCGUGGUCGUUGGAUUUGGGUGACCCCGCCCCUUCCAACUUUGGCCUUCCCGACGGUGUCGCCAUGCAAACCUUUUUGCGGGGCAGACUGAACUGAAAAGAGGCUUAACGUGUCCCCCCCCCUCCCCCAAAAAUUGCUGAGUCGUGAUUAAAGUGAAAGUUGUUUUCGUGUU